GUAUUUAGUCUGUGUGCUCCCCUUUGUUUGUCAGUUUGUCGUACCUUGUGUCUGGAAGUUCUGUCAGUUUCUAGGACUCAGUUUCCUAGUGUACCUGUUCCAUUUUUACCUGUACCUGUUCGAAUUUACUGCCUGCUUUUCUGGACUGUAAGAUUAUUUUCCUCAUUUUGUCAUUGAAACUCUCCCUGCUACCUCCUCUUCUUAUCUUCUGCAUUUGGGUUCAAGCCUGCAAUUCCUCAAACUCUCCCUGUCCCAGCUGAGCCCCUCGCUGCCCUCUGAAGGAGCAGGAUGACAAGAUGGCACAGCUGCUUGUACCGCCCGGACCUGACAGCUUCCGCCCCUUCGUGCCUGAGUCGCUGGCCGCCAUCGAGAGGUGCAUCGCCGAGGAGGAGGCCCGGAGACCACGAGUGGAACGCCGCAACGACAACGACGAUGAAAAUGGGCCCAGACCAAACAGUGACCUGGAGGCGGGGAAAUCUCUCCCCUUCAUCUAUGGGGACACCCCCCCCCAUCUGGUGUCCACCCCUCUGGAGGACUUGGACACCUACUACAGCAAUCAGAAGACCUUCAUAGUAUUGAAUCGCGGGAAGGCAAUCUUCCGUUUCAAUGCCACUCCUGCCUUGUACAUCUUAAGCCCCUUCAACCCUCUAAGGAGGGUAGCUAUUAGAGUUUUAGUGCACUCGAUGUUCAGCAUGUUGAUCAUGUUCACCAUCCUGACCAACUGUGCUUUCAUGACCCUCAGUCAGCCCCCGGAAUGGGCCAAGAAUGUAGAGUACACAUUCACAGGGAUUUACACCUUCGAGUCCCUUAUAAAGAUCCUGGCUAGGGGCUUCUGUGUGGGGAAGUUCACUUUCCUGCGGGACCCGUGGAACUGGCUGGAUUUCAGUGUUAUCCUCAUGGCAUAUGUCACAGAGUUUGUGGACCUGGGCAAUGUCUCAGCACUGCGAACCUUCAGGGUUCUGCGAGCCUUGAAAACUAUUUCAGUCAUCCCAGGCUUGAAGACCAUCGUUGGCGCACUGAUCCAGUCUGUAAAAAAGCUCUCAGACGUCAUGAUCCUCACCGUGUUCUGCCUCAGCGUCUUCGCCCUCAUCGGGCUGCAGCUCUUCAUGGGCAACCUGAGGCAGAAGUGCGUGCGUGAGCCCAUCUACAACGCCACCAACAGCAGCAACAUCACUGCCGACACCACGAUGUUUUUCAGCAACAACACCCUGCUGGAUAUCAACACUGCGUUUGUGCAGAACGCCACGGAGAGCUCCUUCAACUGGACGGAGUACAUCAGCGAUGAGAGAAAUUACUAUUACCUCCCUGGCCGUAGGGAUGCUCUGCUCUGUGGGAAUGGCAGUGGCGCCGGGCUCUGUCCGGAGGGCUUCGUAUGCAUCAAAGCUGGUCGUAAUCCAGACUACGACUACACCAGCUUUGACUCCUUCAGCUGGGCGUUCCUCUCCCUCUUCCGACUCAUGACCCAGGACUUCUGGGAAAACCUCUACCAGCAGACUUUGCGCGCGGCAGGAAAACCCUACAUGAUCUUCUUCGUGCUGGUGAUCUUCCUGGGCUCCUUCUACCUGGUCAACCUGAUCCUGGCCGUGGUGGCCAUGGCUUAUGACGAGCAGAACCAGGCGACCAUCGAGGAGGCCCAGCAGAAGGAGGAGGAGUUCCAGGCCAUGCUGGAGCAGCUGAAGAGACAGCAGGAGGAGGCACAGGUUGCCGCGGCAGCCGCCACAGAGAGUGGAGAGUACAGCGGGAGAGGUGGCCCCACCUCGGAGUCAUCCUCGGGGACGUCUAAGCUCAGCUCCAAAAGUGCCAAGGAGCGACGCAACAGGUGGAAGAAGAGGAAGCAGAGGGAGGAGGAGGAAAGGGGGGGCCGCGACAAGUUCCACAAAUCUGAGUCUGAGGACAGCAUCAAGAGAACUAGCUUCCGCUUCUCCAUCGAUGCCAAUAGACUUUCUUAUGAAAAGAGAUGCUCCUCACCCAACCAGUCUCUCCUCAGUAUCCGGGGAUCCCUCUUCUCACCUCGGAGGAACAGCCGCGCCAGCCUAUUCAGCUUCCGCGGCCGGGCACGCGACAUGGGCUCCGAGAACGACUUCGCCGACGACGAGCACAGCACUUUCGAGGAGAGCGACAGCCGGCGGGGCUCACUGUUCUUGCCGCGCCGUCUUGAGCGCCGCUGCAGCGCCGUCAGCCAGACCAGCCUCGGGGCGCCGCGGAUCAUGCUGCCCGCCAACGGCAAGAUGCACUGUGCCGUGGACUGCAACGGUGUAGUGUCGCUGGUCGGAGGAACCUCUGUAACAACCUCCCCUGUAGGUCUCCUGCUCCCUGAGGGCACAACUACGGAUACCGAGCUCAAGAAACGCCGGUCAGGUUUUCGCAAGCCAUCCAUGGAUUAUUUAGAUGAAACAGUGGCCAGGCAGAGAGCCAUGAGUGUGGCCAGUAUCCUCACCAACACCAUGGAAGAGCUUGAAGAGUCGAGACAGAAAUGCCCCCCCUGCUGGUAUAGAUUCGCCAACACCUGUCUGAUCUGGGAUUGUAGCCCCACGUGGUUGAAAUUCAAGGACAUCGUGUGCACGGUGGUCAUGGACCCAUUUGUGGAUCUGGCCAUCACAGUUUGCAUUGUCCUCAACACCCUUUUCAUGGCCAUGGAGCAUUACCCCAUGACUAAUGAAUUUGACUACGUACUCUCAGUUGGAAACCUGGUGUUCACAGGCAUCUUCACAGCAGAGAUGUGCUUCAAAAUCAUCGCCCUGGAUCCCUACUACUACUUCCAAGAGGGUUGGAACAUCUUUGAUGGUAUCAUUGUCAGUCUGAGUCUGAUGGAGCUUGGCUUGGCCAACGUAGAAGGCCUGUCUGUGCUCAGGUCCUUUAGAUUGCUGAGGGUCUUCAAACUAGCCAAGUCAUGGCCCACAUUAAACAUGCUGAUCAAGAUCAUUGGUAACUCAGUGGGCGCUCUGGGGAACUUGACUCUGGUGCUGGCCAUCAUCGUCUUCAUCUUUGCUGUCGUGGGCAUGCAGCUGUUUGGCAAGAACUACAAGGAGUGUGUGUGUAAGAUUUCUGAUAGCUGUCAACUGCCCCGCUGGCACAUGCACGAUUUCUUCCACUCCUUCCUCAUCGUGUUCCGGGUGCUGUGCGGAGAGUGGAUCGAGACAAUGUGGGACUGCAUGGAGGUGGCUGGACAGUCCAUGUGCCUGAUAGUCUUCAUGAUGGUCAUGGUCAUUGGAAACCUGGUGGUUUUAAACCUAUUCCUGGCUCUCCUCCUGAGCUCAUUCAGCGCUGACAAUCUGGCAGCAACUGACGACGACAAUGAGAUGAACAACCUGCAGAUUGCUGUGGGCCGGAUCCAGCGGGGCAUCGCAUUUGUCAAAUCCAAAGUGCGGCAGUUUCUCCAGAGCCUCUGCUUUGGCCGGGCCAGUAAGGGCUCCGGUCUGGCUGAGGAGAUCAAACCCCUGGAUGAACUGCACAGCAAUGGCAAAGGAAACUGCAUCUCCAACCACACUACAGUGGAGAUCACCAAGGACCCAAGUGGGGUGUACAUGACAGAGGACAAUGGACGGCCAGGAGGAGGUCUGGUAGUUGGGGUUGGUGGGGACACUACACCCAAGUACCCAAUGGAGGAAUGUGACUAUAUGUCAUUUAUUCAUAACCCCAGCUUGACAGUCACAGUGCCCAUUGCUGUGGGCGAGUCGGACUUUGAAAACCUAAACACAGAAGAUUUCAGCAGCGACUCGUCGGAUGUGGAGGGCAGCAAAGAGAAGCUCGAUGCAGAGCCCCAUCCUCUGAGCUCAUCGGAAGGGAGCACAGUGGAUAUACGCCCCCCAGGAGAUGGGGUGGAUUCAGUGGAGCUGGAGCCGGAGGAGUCAAUGGAACCAGAGGCCUGCUUCACAGAGGGCUGUGUGAGCAGGUUCCAGUGCUGCCAGAUAAACGAGGACGACGACCAUUUUAAGACCUGGUGGACACUCAGGAAAACCUGCUUCAUCAUAGUGGAGCACAACUGGUUUGAAUCCUUCAUCAUAUUCAUGAUCCUGCUCAGCAGUGGAGCACUGGCAUUUGAGGACGUUUACAUCGAGCAGCGGAGGACCAUCAAAACAGUGCUGGAGUACGCAGACAAGGUCUUCACUUACAUCUUCAUCCUGGAAAUGCUGCUGAAGUGGGUGGCAUACGGCUUUGUCAAGUAUUUCACAAACGCCUGGUGCUGGCUCGACUUCCUCAUUGUAGACGUGUCCCUGGUCAGCCUUGUAGCCAACGCUCUGGGCUACUCUGAGCUUUCCGCCAUCAAAUCUCUGAGGACACUCCGAGCCCUCCGGCCCUUGAGGGCCCUGUCUCGGUUUGAGGGCAUGAGGGUUGUGGUGAACGCGCUGCUGGGGGCCAUCCCCUCCAUCAUGAACGUGCUGCUGGUCUGCCUCAUCUUCUGGCUCAUCUUCAGCAUCAUGGGCGUCAACCUGUUUGCGGGGAAGUACUAUUACUGCGUCAACACCACCAACGACGAGGUGUUCCCCAUUGACGUCGUCAACAACAAGAGCGAGUGCCUGAACUUGGUCAACGACAGCGCCCGCUGGAAGAACGUCAAGAUCAACUUUGACAACGUUGGUGCCGGCUAUCUGGCUCUGUUGCAAGUGGCAACAUUUAAGGGUUGGAUGGACAUCAUGUACGCAGCCGUGGACUCUCGCAAUUUGGAAGACCAGCCUGAAUAUGAAGUGAACUUGUACAUGUACCUCUACUUUGUCAUCUUCAUCAUCUUCGGCUCCUUCUUCACCCUCAACCUGUUCAUCGGUGUCAUCAUCGACAACUUCAACCAGCAGAAGAAGAAGUUUGGAGGUCAGGACAUCUUCAUGACAGAAGAGCAGAAGAAAUACUACAAUGCCAUGAAGAAGCUGGGCUCCAAGAAACCCCAAAAACCGAUACCUCGACCAACAAAUUCAUUUCAGGGCUGCGUGUUCGACUGCAUCACGAAGCAGGCCUUCGACAUCGUGAUCAUGAUCCUCAUCUGCCUCAACAUGGUGACCAUGAUGGUGGAGACGGACGACCAGACGCCGGAGAUGGACAAAAUCCUCUACUGGAUCAACCUGGUCUUCAUCAUUCUCUUCACCGCCGAGUGUAUGCUCAAGAUGAUCUCCCUGCGUCACUAUUACUUCACCAUCGGUUGGAACAUAUUUGACUUUGUGGUGGUGAUCCUGUCCAUUGUAGGUAUGUUUUUAUCUGAAGUCAUUGAGAAGUACUUUGUGUCCCCGACGCUGUUCCGAGUGAUCCGUCUGGCCAGGAUAGGCCGCAUCCUCCGCCUUAUCAAAGGCGCCAAAGGCAUCCGGACGCUUCUCUUUGCCUUGAUGAUGUCACUCCCCGCCUUGUUCAACAUCGGCCUCCUCCUCUUCCUCGUCAUGUUCAUCUACGCCAUCUUUGGCAUGUCCAACUUCGCCUACGUCAAGCGCGAGGCAGGGAUCGACGACAUGUUCAACUUCGAGACCUUCGGGAACAGCAUGAUCUGCCUGUUUCAGAUCACCACGUCGGCCGGGUGGGACAGCCUGCUCGCGCCCAUCCUGAACAAGCGGGAGCCCGACUGCGACAGCCAGAUGGAGCACCCGGGCAACAACUACAAGGGCAACUGUGGCAACCCGUCGGUGGGCAUCUUCUUCUUUGUCAGCUACAUCAUCAUCUGCUUCUUGAUUGUGGUCAACAUGUACAUCGCCGUCAUCCUAGAGAACUUCAGCGUGGCCACGGAGGAGAGUGCCGAGCCGCUGAGCGAGGACGACUUUGAGAUGUUCUACGAGGUGUGGGAGCGAUUCGACCCGGACGCCACCCAGUUCAUGGAGUACAGCAAGCUGUCGGCCUUCGCCGACGCCCUAGACCCGCCGCUGCGCAUGGCCAAGCCCAACAUGCUCCAGCUCAUCUCCAUGGACCUGCCGAUGGUGAGCGGCGAGCGCAUCCACUGCCUCGACAUCCUGUUCGCCUUCACCAAGCGCGUGUUGGGCGAGAGCGGCGAGAUGGAUGUGCUGCGUGGGCAGAUGGAGGAGCGCUUCAUGGCGUCCAACCCCUCCAAGGUGUCUUACGAGCCCAUCACCACCACCCUGCGCCGCAAACAGGAGGACAUGGCGGCCGUGAUCAUCCAGAGGGCCUUCCGCCGCUACAUGAUGCGCCUGGCCAUGAAGAAGGCCUCCACCCUCUACAAGGAGAAGCUGAAGGAGGGCCUCCGGGACCCCGACAAGGACGUGAUGGUCAUCAGCAAGUUCAACGAAAACUCCACCUCGGACAAAACGGACAUGACGCCCUCCACGGCCUCCCUGCCCUCCUACAACAGCGUCACGAAAUCAGACAAGGACAAAUACGAGAAAGAAAAAAAGCGGGAAAGACCGAAAGAAGUAGACUUUUUAAAUAGGAACAAAAAAUAACACGAGACACGAGGGAAAUUUGUUUACAACUUCUGAAGGGGGUAGAUAGAUGUACGGCCCUUUUGCAUCAAUUGUUGAGAGAUGAGGAACGCUAUGCCAGACAGGCCGAUAACAGGAGUGUGCUUAUGUCAUAUGUGAAUACAUGGGGUCUUCUCAGAGGAGUGAUGUAGAAACUAAACGACCCAGCGGACAUUGCCAGAGAUUUACUGGAACAUGACAUGGAAAAGCCUCUGUGCAAAAACGCUUGUGAUUUUCCUAUUGGUUGUUGUUACUAUCUGACCAACUUGAGUGUACUGUUAAGUUGUCUGUAGCUAGUGCUGCUGCUACUACUAUAAAUCCAGUUUCUUGAAUUUAACAAUGGCUGUAUCACUUAUUAAGUACUCUGCAUUUCUUUUGCUCAUAGUUACAAGGUUUCAUUUUUUUUUUUUUUUAUGAGAAAGAAUGUUUUCUACUUUUUUUGUGUGUGAUUAUUGUGAGAAUGUGACCACUGCUUUCACUGUUGUAAAAUCACCAAGGGCAGACCAAGUCAAUGCUGGAAACUACACCAACCAUCUGAAAGUACAGUGCAGGGUCACUGCCACAAUGCUCUUGGUUCAUACAGUAUACACAGCUAUAAAUGGAAAGCAUGCCGCUGAAGUGCAAUGGACAAAUACAGUUCAUUGUAUUCACUGGUGUUAUUGUUGAAAUCUGUAUUGUGCUUCUGGGCUGCCAUCUCCCCAUUUCAGUAGAAAACACAAGUCUCUGAAUACAGAGAAGCUGAAUGUAUGCAAGGCACAUUUGAAGAAAUUGUUUGACAGUUUGACAAAAAUAUUCUCAGUCGCUUUUUUGCAGCGAUUUAGAUGAGGAAGAUUGAUACCACGCUCCUAUCUGGCAGUGGUAUCAAUCUUUUCAUCUACCCCUUGACAAGAAAGCAAAGGCGCCUAAUUCCCCCAAAGGGUCAAAACUGUUCCUUUAAGGCGACACUCAUAUCUACUCGUUCAUCUGCUGUUGUGUUGUCUCCUCUCACACGUUUGUUUCCCCCUUUAGUCUCCCAGAGCUCUUGUAAAGAAAUAAAUCUUAGUAAUGAAAAGAAAAUGUCAAUCUGUCUAACUGCUCUCAUGCUAGAACAUGACAAUAUAUCACAUUUAAAGGUUAUAAUAUCCCAAAUGUUUGUAUAACAUUCAUGUUGUUCUUGGUUAAGAUUGAGAAGUGAGUGGUUUUAAUGUAGUGGUUUGGUUUGUAUAUAAUAUAGCUAUUUGGGCCCACAGUAUGCAUCACAAUUACAUUUGAUGUAAGAGCACUUUUUAUCCCCACUGCUACGUAAUACCACAUGUGGCGGUCAUACAUGUAAGUUUGUGCGUGCGAGAUAUGUAUGUCUAUGUGUAUAUUUGGUAACAAAGGGGAGAAUGUAAGCAUCUAUCUCUUUAUGUGAGCGAGUGUGUAACUGGGGUCUGCAGGAUGUUUGUUCCACUGAUUAUAAAUAACAUUUUUACUGUAGAUAUGAGUGCAUUUUUCCAGUCUUCGGAUUUGAUUUGCAUCUUUUUCUAGAACUCGUCUUUUUCUUUUUCUGCACUGUAACACAAGAAGAAACACGUGUGGUCCCCAUAUCUAUAGAUAGAAACCAUGAAGCAAUCAGUAGCCAUCUCUCAUUGCGCUUGUGGUGUUUUAGUGAACUGCAUGCAAGAAGUGACUACUGUCCGCUCAUAUGGUAAUAUAAUUUCAAAGCCAAAAGAAUAAAGGACAUAUUUUUUGUAAA